GCGGCCAGCGGGACCAGGGCUUAACUCUUGAGCAUCGCUCUGCAGGGGCUUCGUGGCCAGGGCACCCAGGGACCUCUGCAGGAGAGUGUGGGCGCUUUUGCACGAGUGGCAUCCGCCCUGCUGCCGGCACGAGAGGGAAAACAUUUGAUAGCAUGUACUGAUGGCUCUGAAGAAGUCGUCACUCUCAUUGGAUUCUAGUGAGGGUGAGUCUGAAGAGUUGCCAACAUUUGCCUUUCUGAAGAAGGAGCCAUCUUCAACAAAGAGGAGGCAGCCUCAGAGGGAGGAGAAGAUUGUAGUUCUUGACAUCUCAGAUUCUGAGGCUUCCAGUCCUCCAUCAUCAGAGUUGAGAGAUCUGCCACAUGUCCCGGACACAACUGAAACUGUCAUGCAAACAGAACCAGUCAGGGUGCUAAGCAGUGGAAGUGAGGAUGAAGAGGAAUUUAUUCCCCUGGCUGAGAGGCUGACAUUGCUUUUACAGACAGAAGGCGGGGGCCAGCUCCUUGGGGCUCUGCAGUCCAUGGAGUGCUGCUGUGUGAUUGAGGCACAGGCCGUGCCUUGCAGCAUCACUUGGAGGAGGAGGGCUGGGCCCUCUGAGGAUGGAGAGGAGGACUGGGUGGAGGAGCCGACGGUCCUGGUGCUGCUCCUGGCAGAAGUGGCUGUGUCCAUGAUCUCUAACUUGAAACAGGGAAGUCUGGGCAGCACCAAGGAAGGGAAGGAGACACUUCGGAGCUUUGUAGCUGAUAUCACAGCAAAGACUGCAGGGAAAGCUCUGACACUGGUGAUUGUGGAUCACGAGAAAUGCUUCAGGGCUCAGUGUACUCCAAGGAGAAGGAAACAGCAUGUGACAAAUAGAAAACAGGCCAAGGAGAAGCAGCAUCAGAGACGACCCAGGCCUUUGAGCGGGACGGGGCCCAGGCCUCUGGUGUCCAGGGUAGACAUGGAAGAGGCACUGGUGGAUCUGCAGUUACAUACAGAAGCCCAGGCUCAAAUUCUGCGGAGCUGGAAAGAGCUGGCUGACUUUGCGUGUGCGUUCACAAAGGCUCUGGCUGAGGUGCCCUUCAAGAAGCUCCGAGAUGAAACGAGUUUCUCCUUCUGCCUGGAGAGUGACUGGGCUGGUGGGGUGAAGGUGGACUGCUCUGGCAGGGGACUUGCCCUGGUCUGGAGGAGACAGAUUCAGCAGCUGAACCGAGUCAGCCUGGAGAUGGCCAGUGCUGUUGUGGAUGCCUAUCCCUCCCCCCAGCUCCUAGUCCAGGCCUAUCGGCGGUGUUUCUCGGAGCAAGAACGCCAGAACUUGCUUGCAGACAUACAGGUGCGCCGUGGGGAAGGCGUGACCUCCACCUCCCGCUGUAUUGGACCAGUGCUCUCCAGGCGUAUCUACCAUCAGAUGACAACUUUGCAGCCAGAUUUCUCUUUAGACAUUGCAGACUGAUGCUAGCCCACAGGGAGGAUGAAAUGGUAGAGAUUUCCCCCUCAUCCACCUUGGAACCACAUGGCCACAAUGCAGAAACCGGAAGCACCUCCUGGAGCACAAGUCUAGGUCAGGCCCACAGACUCUUUACUGGGUUUAACUAUUUUUGCCAAGUCUGUCAACUGAGUGCAGAAUGCUUUGAUAUUAGCAUUUACCUCCAUCGGCAUUUAGUAUUCCUCUCCCAGCAAAAGUCAGCUAUUGUGGAUAAACUGCCCCUUGCCCAGCCAGCCGUCAAAAAGCAAAAGAACAGAGACAAACCACUCAGACACAUGUUUAAUGAUUGUAGAAAUCCAAAAGAACCUCAGCAUCAAAUCUGAGUGAGUGGGUUGGCUUGACUAGGCUGGGUGUACUGUAGCCAUUCACUCACCCACUGGGCUGCCUCAACCAGCAAAGGAACCGUAGGAUCCCGGGGCUGAUGUCUGUACUGACCUAUGUUUUACGUGUUUAUAUCAAUAAAGCAUUUGUACCAAUGGCUCUGGAGCUUGGAGGAAG